UUUGAAAUGAACUCUUCAACGAGACGAAACGAUUGAGGAACAGAUGUCGCUACAGGGGCGGUUCGUAGAUUCGCGGUGAGGUGUCCCUUCACUGUCAGAACGUGUUCGCCAUGUUCUGUUUACAGUACCGUGGUCGCGUCCAUCAUCGUCGUUAGGUACGGCUGUUCGUUUCCUCGCUUCCACCAGCUUCAGUAUUAUUAUGUCCCGCACGAUUCGCUGGUGAUGUCCGAAGGCGUGGCGCGUCCGCGUGUUCUCGUGAGCUACCUCGAAUCGUGACGAUUCGAUCUCGGAAUCUCGGCGGCCCGAAUUGAACGAUACGCAACGAUGUACACCCCGUGUUACGCGACGAUCUACUACGCUCUGGCGGUGGCCGUGCUCAGUGUCGACGCUUUCCACGCGAAGGAUCCGUUGGCGCAUCACGGUAGAUGCGAGCCGAUCACCAUCAAUCUGUGCAUGAAUAUCCCGUACAACGAGACUAUUAUGCCGAACCUGAUGAACCAUCAGAAGCAGGAGGACGCUGGCCAAGAGGUGCAUCAGUUCGCGCCGUUGGUGAAAAUGAAAUGCAGCCCCGAUCUACGUUUCUUCCUGUGCACGGUGUACGCGCCUGUCUGCACGAUCAUCGACAGGGCCAUACCACCGUGUCGUUCGUUGUGCGAGAGCGCUCGGGCCGGCUGCGAACGGCUGAUGAACAGCUUCGGCUUCGCCUGGCCAGACAAUCUCGAUUGUUCGAAAUUGCCGGAAAACGGCGGCCCCGAAUUGUGCGUGGGUCACAACGAGACCACGCCGCCGGAACCGUCACCACCGGUGUACCCGCCGCCGUUGAUGCCCGUGCCUGAGUUUCAACCGUCGUGGACCGGAGGGCCGAAACCGUACGGCAGCGGGUUCAUGCUCGGUGCCAGGGACUUUGGUUUCGUUUGCCCGAUGCAGUUCAAGGUCCCGCACGAGCUCGGUUAUUCGCUGAAGGUCGGCGAUAAAGUGGAGCCGAACUGCGGCGCACCGUGCGACGGGAUGUUCUUCACAGAGAGGGAACGACGAUUCUCGAGGAUCUGGGUCGGCACUUGGGCCUCCGUUUGCGCAGCUUCGUGUUUCUUCACCUUCUUGACGUUCCUCAUCGACACGGAUAGGUUCAGGUAUCCCGAAAGGCCAAUCAUAUUUUUGUCAGUAUGUUAUCUCAUGGUAGCAUUGGCAUACGUGAUUGGUUGGGCAGCUGGUAAUUCCAUUGCCUGUAGAGAGCCUUUCCCACCUCCUCUAGAUAUGAGAAUUCAAAUGGCAUCAACGAUAUCCCAAGGUACCAAGCAUGAACUAUGCACGGUACUAUUCAUGGUGCUUUAUUUUUUUGGAAUGGCAUCAAGUAUAUGGUGGGUCAUCCUAACGUUGACAUGGUUCCUAGCUGCUGGCUUGAAAUGGGGCCACGAAGCGAUAGAAGCUAAUUCCCAAUAUUUUCAUUUAGCGGCUUGGGCCGCUCCAGCAAUAAAAACCGUCACUAUUCUGGCAAUGGGAAAGGUCGAAGGAGACAUACUGUCUGGUGUUUGUUACGUGGGUCUUUGGAACGUCGAAGCGCUACGUGGAUUUGUUCUAGCACCAUUGUGCGUUUAUUUAAUUCUUGGAACUGUCUUCUUACUGGCUGGAUUUGUUUCUCUUUUUCGUAUACGUACCGUAAUGAAACACGACGGUACAAAGACUGACAAAUUAGAGAAACUAAUGAUACGCAUUGGCAUAUUCUCCGUAUUAUACAUAGUUCCUGCCUUGAUCGUCAUUGCUUGCUUGUUUUAUGAACAAGCAUAUUUUGAUCAAUGGAUGUUGACUUGGAACAUGGAGAUGUGUUCAAGGCCUGGACCGCAAUCUUUAUAUUCGAUGCCGUGCCCCGUCGGAGAGCGUACUCGCGAUGUUGGCAGACGACCAGAAUUCGAGGUUUUCAUGAUAAAGUAUUUAAUGGCUAUGAUUGUUGGUAUAACAAGUAGCUUUUGGGUAUGGUCAAGUAAAACGCUGACUAGUUGGCGACAAUUUUUCAAUCACAUACAAGGACGUCGUACUGAGGCGUAUGUUUAAAGACUUAACUAAUUUUACGCAACAAAAGUGGAAAAGUUUUGCCUUUCUAAACUGCCAGAUCUGAUUAUUGAAUAUCACGCUCAAAUAAUACCUAAUCAAACUAAAGCGUAAAAAUAUGCAUUCUAUUGUAUUUGACAAAAUUUUUCAAUUUAUAACGUCAUGUUACUAGACUUGAUUUAUUAGAAAGACAUUGAAAUAGCGAGAUAAGCAUUUUUAUAUUAUUUUUGUAUCUUAUCGGUGCAUCAUAAGGAUGACAAGAAUUACAAAUGUAGUACUGUGCCAAAAUAUUUUUUUAUCAGGAUUAUUGAAUGCUUUUUUAAGCUAUUUGUAUUUCCACGAAAGUUCCGCAAGAACUGUGCAAAAUGUUAGAUUUAACCAUUAACUAAUUUGCAAGUGUUAUUAGACGACCUUUGCAUAAUUUCCUUAAGUGAUAAAUUCUUCCUCUUUCCGAUUGAUAGAAAUCGCAAUUAAUCACAGCACAGCAACUCAUCGUUUAAGUUAUAAAUGCUCAAACUGUCUGUAGAAAAUGUGUUCAAUGUUUAUAAGUGUACUUCUCUAAUAUGCACAAAAAGCAAAGGUACUAUUGUGUGUCAUUGUAAUUUCAAACUUUCCAUCUUGGGUUUGAUCAAUAAAUCGAGAACAAUUACGCUUACUCUAAUCUCGCGAACAACUUUUGUAGUUUUACAAAACAAUAUGAGAAAUAUUUUACAACUAUUUUAAUUAAGAUGACCUGAGAAUAUAUUUAAAACUUGUUUAUUCUUAACACUGAAAAAUUUUGUUCAUUUUGUUCCUGAAUUUUUUGUUUUAAUGCGUUCAAAAAUAGCUUGCCUUUGCAGGAAAUAAUUAAGGCAAGUGCAUCUUCGAAGAGGAUACAAAAUAUCCAAAUUAUAGGACAUGUACUAUUCUAGGUUAACUGAAUUGUAUAUACACUUAUAUACGUUAAUUUUACUAUGUACUAUAAUAUAUUUUUUAAAAGUCAUGUACAUAUAUACAUGUUUGCCAAGCAAUUGGCAUUUUCGUAUGUUUCCUAUGCGUAAUCAAAUCUCGAACUGACUCGAUAGCUACGAGUCACGUCGAAAAUACUCAGUAAGGAUUUGCGGAUCAAGCGCAAUUAUUGUUCCAAUUAUAACUGAUUAAUUCGUCCAUUGAAAUUGCCGAGCUUUUGAGUAUUGUCACGUCCUAAGGGCAGGGGGGGAUCUGCUAUUAAUGAAUAAUGCUACAACUUACGGCACUAUGGGGGAAACACGACGAUUUUAGGUAAGAUAGAGUAAAAUAAGGAAAGGUGUUUUUUUUGUCUCGGAUUCACUAGCCAGACUUCAUCAAUAAGACUGAUGAUGGUGAUCCUUAAGCUCCAAAGGCUUGAGUUUUUCGGGCCUCUAAAAAACGGCAUGGAACCCAUCCUAGGGCCGGUCCUCCAUACUUAACCUGGUGAUCGCCAUCGAUCCGUAGGUAAACUGCUGGUGACUUUAUAUCAUUGGAAUUGGUAUAGGACGAACACUGCGGAGACAUUGACAUCAGAUGAGGCUAAUAUCCAUCCACCAUGACCGUUGACGGCCAAAGAGAGAAAACGAUUGGAAUUGGAACUUGAAGUGAUAUAUAGAAAAACUUGAACGCGCGCGAAGACCCGUAGUGACGUAAGAACUCAAACGUCGAAAGAUGUCGCAGUAUGACAUGUACUUUACGGCGAUUAAUUAAAAAAAACAAAACAAAGAAAAACUUAUUAAUAAAAACAUUGUAUAAUUACAACAGCCGUACUUAUGGUAGACGCGUAAAAUAUCAUAAAAUAUAUGACGUUGUGUAAAGUAAUUGCAACUAUUAUAUUCUUUAUAUAAUAAACCUGAAUAUAUACAUAAAAACCAAUGGCUUACACGUGUAUUUAAGUUUAUUAAAUCAUGUUGAUUUAUAUAUACAACAAAUGCAAAAUAUACAUAUAUGUGCAAAUCAAUAUACAUUAUCAAUCAAAUAAGGAUUAUAAUCGAUUAUAAAAGGAUUGUAAUUGUAUAUUAUUUCUGCGUAGUUUGUGUUACUUUUUUUGGACGUUUAAGAAAUCCAAUUUUCCUCAAAUACCUUACAAGGAAUGGUGUUCCGCCUAUGCUUAUCGAAAACCGGAGGGGUACCAUAAGUUUAUGCAUACCGUACGCAAUCAAGAAAGUUGAGGAAUUACCAACGUAAGCUUCUAUUUGUUCAUCUUCUAUAUUGAAUAUAAAGUGAAUGAUAGGUUUUAAAUCUAUACCUCUGAAAUCAAUAUUUUUAUGAUGAAAAACGAUUCAAAUUUUUAAAAGUAUCAAAGCGAAACGAAUUACUUGCAUACAAAAAAAAAAAUGUUGAAUAUAAUUGUAAACACGAACCUAGCUACGGCUGUGUAACAAGCAGCGAGAGAUAUCAGAGAAAUUCCUAUGUGAAAUAUGACAACGGUAAUCCCAUAUUCUUUGGCUAAUAUUUUAAAUUUUUCUCUCUGGGAUAACUCUUGUCGAAUUUCUUUAACCCCUUUUUGGUUAUUAUCAUUCACUAACUUAUUUACUGGUUCGGACGGUCUCGUUGAAUAUCCCAUACUGUAGAUAUAUUUUGGCUCGUAUAUUACUUGGGAAGGCAAAUUCGCUGUUAGACCUGAGUGACAGAUUACAAUUUUCACGGUAUUCUCCACGUUAAUAACGAUACAAUAUAAUGAUACAACAAUUUAACUAUCACAGUUUUCAUUAACUCUUUUGCUAAAAGUUCUGAAAUGACACGGUUAUUAUGCACACGGUUAUUUAAUCUUGUAGCGAAAGAGUUAAUCGGAGCUUUCAAUCAUAUUCACUUAUUAGCAUAUCUACACUGCGAGCUUUUAACCAUAUUCAUUUCAUAAAAAUACAUACAUAUUUUCUUUUUUUCUAAUCCCUACACCAUGUGAGAAAAAUUUUACGUUGCCUCGCGAUAUUCUGAACAUAUGGAAAAUCGUUGAGAAACGAUUUUAUUCCUUGGUGUAUUCUUACUAACCGCUUUUGUCCAAUUUCAAUUGCGGUAGUAAACGAACGGUCCGAUAGUGUGAUUUCUGCAUGUCUUCGGCGAUGUAUUUUCCGUCUCUGGCCCACUGACCGCCCGGCAUGUUCAAAUGCAUCGAUUUCCCAUUGGAGCAGAACGGUUUCGGCACGUUGCUCUGCAUCGUCCCGUUCAGGCUAAUUGCUCCAAAACAGUCGUACGAGUCCACGUGCAUGUCGCUGCAGUUCUCUAGAUUACUCGAACACGUUACUGCCGGCUUUGACAACUGAUUGAAAGAGAACGACGUGCCAUCAUUCUUGCCGUACAGUAGCACCGGUGCGGCAAUGUCUCGUGCCCUCUCAGGUGUGAACCGGCCGGUUUCGUUCGCAAAUAUCUCGGAAACGUUUGUAGGAAGCGGCAGAGCAGGAGGAUCGGGAUAACGGCGGACACUUGUAACGUGGAGAUUUUUCAUGUGGUUUCGAGGUACAGUCGCGUAUCGGGUGCACUGUAUUUCGCCCAAUGGCGAACCUGUUAAAAGAAUUUAAACAAGAGAUUUAGACGCGGCGAAGAAAAUAUAGACAAUAUUCAAAAAUGAUUGAAGCAUUUGUAUUUUUUUUUUUUUUUUUU